AUGGACGGAGACGUCGCCGUGGAGCCUGAGGUCGACUCGUUCAGUCUUGUUCUGCCGCUCCCUUACAGAGUCGCAAUUAUAGUUGUUCUUGGUAUUUGGGCAUGGGGACUCAAUCUACAUUACUUGCAUCUUAUCAAAAUUGAUGUGCCGGCGUUGAUUCGAUAUCCUCCUCGACAAGCGCAGCACCAUCACUACUCGACGUAUCGAUUGGCCUCUUUCCUCUCCAUUCCAUUGAUUGCCUCUCUUCUUCUCUUCUGGGCCGUGACACGGGGCAACGAGCGCGCAGCUCUCCGAUGGCAGAUCCUCCCUCAGUCCUACCUCCUGCUGCUCGCGGUGUGCUUUCUACUUCCACUCAAACGCAUGUCGCGCUCUGGUCGACUACAUUUCCUGAAAUCGUUAAAGAGAAUCAGCGUGGGCGGCCUGGCAGAAGUCCAGGAUGGAAAAUUCGGGGAUAUUCUGCUAGCUGACGUUCUCACGAGUUAUGCAAAAGUCCUGGGAGAUUUGUUCGUCUCGACAUGCAUGCUUCUUGACGCAAAGACAACCAGUACAGCGAAACCGAACCGCGGCUGUGGAGGCGCAUACCUUGUGCCUCUGAUCAUUAGCAUCCCGAGCAUGAUUCGGUUACGGCAGUGUCUGAUUGAGUAUUUCCGGGUGCGAAGGAAUCGAUCUACGUCUUCGGGUUGGGGUGGGCAACAUCUGGCCAAUGCGUUAAAGUAUGCGAGUGCAUUUCCAGUCAUCACUUUGAGUGCUUUGCAACGAGGUUAUGACCCUAACCAAUUCCAUCUGAGCGAGGCUGGGCUGUUCAGAUUAUGGAUGUUCUUCGUUUUUGUCAACUCAUUCUAUUCCUUCUACUGGGAUGUGGCCAAAGAUUGGGACCUUUCCCUCUUCUCCUCUAGGCGCGAGAGGAGUAACCCGGAGUACCCUUGGGGCCUGCGGCGCCACCGGUACUUCCAUGCAAAAGAGGCGUACUAUACCGCCAUUUUCAUAGAUUUCCUCCUGCGGUGUACCUGGAGUUUCAAGCUGUCACCCCAUUUGGAUCACUUUAAUGACCUGGAGGGUGGGAUUUUUCUGAUGGAGUUGUUGGAGGUGGUGAGAAGAUGGAUGUGGAUUUUUUUUAGGGUUGAGACGGAAUGGAUAAGGAACAACCGGGGCCCUGCGACGGACGAUGUACUCCUUGGAGAGUUCGCAGGCAAGAUCGAUGAAGAUUGA